AUGAAAGAUAAUAUUGAAAAUAACAAUAAUUUGGCAACGAUUUUACCAUCAUGUAAGGAUAUUACUAUUCCAAAAACUGUAUCAAUCAUGAAGAAAUCUAUUGAUAAAAGAACAAGAUAUGGAAAAUUAUGGGGAAUGACACGCGAAGCUACAUUACUUGCAUUGGAUUCUGACGAUCAUGAGAUGGAACAUUUAUUACAAGAUUAUAUAAAUUGA